AUGGUGACUGCCGGGCGCACACAGCCUCCGGGAGCCGCGCUCUCGCUCUCGCCUCCGCCCGGCCAGGCACGGCCGCCCGCUCUCCGUCCCUUGGCGACGCGAAGGGGCCGCUCGCGUCGCCCCGCAGCCCUCCUUAUAUCCCCCGCCCAGUCUCUCGCGAGAGGAGGAGGGACCCUGGGGCCGUGCGCGCCGUGCGCAUUGGCUGGGCAGGUGCCUGGACACCCCCUCGCCGUCCCCCUCCUCGGCAGAGGGCAACCGGGGCGAAGGCGCUUCCGGGAGGCAGGGGUGGGCCGGGGGCUGUGCCUUCGGCUUGGGACGUUUAAAGGGCAAAUUCAUGUUAUCUGUCCCGGCGAGCGGAGGGAACACCGUGUCUCCGCAGCAUGUGGGCCGCUCACCCCUCCUUACUUUCUCCAAGACUCCAACAAGCAUGUUCGGUAUUUUAUGGCGCAAAACCCGGACCUCCGUGCGUCGGCAGGCGCCCCAGGCGCAGUCCCCCACCCGGGCCACCGACCCCGCUGCGCCACCGCUGCGCCCUGCGGCGCCUCCGGGGGUAGCUCGGGCCCUGCGGCGGCACACACUCCCCGGGGCGCGGCGGCGGUCGGUCUCCUCCGCUCAGCCCCGCGCCGCCCGCGUUCGAGAGCUCUUCCCUCGGCUUCCGGAGACGCGCCGCGGGGAGGCCCUGCCGCGUGCCGGGACACAAGUCUCCGGGGACAGCGGCCCAGGCUGCGCGGCUGCGGUGGCGCAGACGAGGGCCCUGGACUCGGGGCGGCGGCGGUCGAGGGCAGGCCGGCAGGGGCGCCGGCUCUGAUCAGAGCCCUCUGCAUUCUCGGUGCCCCCUUCUCAAGCCGCAGCACCCCCAAACCGCCGCCGCGGCAACCCCGAAAGCGGGGCGCGGCCUCGCGCGGGUCCUCCCGGCCGCCGGGUGGGACCGGGCGCGCCCCCUUCCCGCCGGGGACGGUCGCCCUCCGGCUCCGCGGGGAGAGACGACGUCCCGGGAGAGCCCUCCCGGCGCCUCACCCGCCCCAGAGGCGCCUUCGUUCGCUUUGUGAGUCCGCCGCUCCGAAGGCCUCCCGCCUCCCGCAGACUGAGUUCAGCGACCGCUUCGCGUGGCUGCCCGGACUCCGCCCUCGGCCUGGGUGGGCGCGUUCGGUUCUCCCGGCCGAGCCGAGAUUCUUUAAUGCUUACAGAGAUGUGCUUCUCAUGGUGUUAUCUCAAUUUCUGAGGAGAUAGAUCAGUCCCAAGGAGCAUCAACAGCCCCUGCACAGGCUGAAACUCCAAGACUAGAUCAUGAUAAGUUUCGACGAGUUCUACACAGCAGCUCAGGAACCCAUUCCUUCAGAAAUUCCUACCUGGUUUGACCCAGAAGGCAGGGGGCGCUGAUGACACCCUCACAGGUCCAUACUGACCUCAAAGGAAAGCCCUCAAAAGGUGGACACUUCUCUCUGCUCUUGGCCUGAUGAACAAAUCAGUGCAUGCCUCUAACCCAUGCAUGCAAGCAAACUAAAAAUGUCCAAGAGCUCAUAUCAGAAUUUAUAUGGUUAAUUGUUUUACCGGAGACAUUUGUUUUGGACGUGCAUGAUUUUAUUGGUUAUUUCUUCUCUCUUUCACAUUAACAACCUAAAUAAUACAGUUCAAAGGACCAAGACCCUGGGAGUCUAUAUAGAGGUAUCUGUAGUGGAAUGUAUUUCACAUUUUAACCAACCCAUUGUUCCUUU